CACCUCCUUCUCACUCACCGACCCCGACACCCCCCUCAGAGUUAGGUUAGUUCCUCCGCGCAAGCAGGAGAAGCGGCAGCAGCAACAAGAGCUGGCUGCGCUGGCCCCCUACCACCACCAUGUGACCCGCACAACGUAAAAUGGACUCUUUUCAUCAUCAUCAACCAGACGUACAUCAUCUUUGAAGACCCCGACGUGGCUGGCCCACGGUCUUCGAGAUGGCAACACGGGUGCCGGACUUCCGCCUGAUGAGGUCUCCGCUGUUUAGCGGAGCACCUCGCGGAGUUUGUGCUGAGAUGAAACCGUUGAGCGGACCAGGAUAAUGCCUGCGUCGCAAGUUGCCUCUCCCCCCGCGUUAAACGCUCACCCUGGUCUCGUAAAGCCCAGUAUGCAGGACUGGCACACCAUCCCGAACGUCCGCGACACGCUGCCAUGGUACAAGGACAAGGGCCGCCUCCAGCUCAACUUCUUCUUGAGCAUCAUCUUCGUCGGCAUGACGCUUAACGGCUACGACGGCACCCUUAUCUCUGGUCUGCAGUCCUUCGACUCAUGGCGCUCCGACCUCGGCAUUGAUGAGAGCGGCAACGCUGGCGCUCUCGUCGGCCUUCUCAACGCCGCAGGCAUGAUUUCGGGCUUUGUCGUCGGCCCCGUCAUCUGCUGGAUUGACGAGACCUUUGGCCGCAAGUGGGGUAUCCGAUUCUACGGCUACACGCUUCUUAUCGGUACCGUGCUCAGCUGCCUGGCUGGUAUCCACGGCGUGCACGGCCUCAAGGGCUACGCCAUCUUCAUUGUCGGCCGCUUCAUCCAGGGCUUUGGCCUUGCGUCCUUCCUCAUGACUUCGCUCGUCAUCGUGCAGGAGAUCCCGCACCCACGCUCGCGUGCGCAGAUCGCGGCCAGCUGGGACUCUUACUGGAUCCUCGGUAGCGUCGUCGCCUCGUGGGUCAACUUCGGCUGCUCGUACAUCUCCACAUCGUGGGGCUGGCGCAUCCCCUACCUCAUCCAGAUCCCGAUGGCGCUCUACGUCCUCAUCGCGGUCCAGUUCGUGCCCGAGACGCCGCGCUUCCUCAUGGGCCAGGGCAAGGAGGAGGAGGCGUUCAAGUUCCUCGUCGACUACCACGGCAACGGCGACCCCAACGACCCGCUCGUCAUUUUCGAGUUUGACGAGAUGAAGAACGCUAUCGAGAAGGAGCGCGCUGCCAAGGCGAAGGAGUGGAAGGUCAUCCUCAAGAGCCCCGCCAACCGCCACCGUCUCUUCCUCGCCGCGCUCAUGACCAACCUCGUUGUCAUGUCGGGCUCGUCCAUCGUCUACUACUACUACACCGUCGUCUUCAGCCAGGUCGGCAUCAACGGUGCGACGCAGCAGACCGGCAUCUACGCUGGCCUCAGUAUCUUCACCUGGAUCUGCCAGAUCGUGGCCGUCUACGUCGGCAAGCACGUCGGCCGCAAGACCAUCAUCCUGUCCUGCUGGCCACUCAUGCUCCUCGCUUUCGUCGGCCUCUGCGCCUGUGGUGGUGUGUAUGAGAAGGCUGUGGACGGAAACCGCUCCGCCGGCAUCGCGACCGUCGCUCUCGUUUGGAUCUACCUCGGCACCUUCAACUUUGCCAACCCCGUCCUGUACUCGUACCCGGCUGAGGUGCAGACCUUCUCGAUGCGCUCCAAGGGCCUGCUUGUCUGGAACACGGUCACGCAGCUCCAGGGUGUCUACACGACGUUUGUCGACUCGGUCGCCCUCAACAAGAUCGGCUACAAGUACUACGCCGUCUACAUGCCGCUCAUCAUCAUCCAGUGGUUCCUCGUCAAGUACUUCAUGGUCGAGACGAAGGGCUACACACUCGAGGAGGUGGCUCUGGCCUUCGACUCGCGCGAGAGCCUGCUGGGCAGUGUGCCUGUUGUCGAGCGCCAGCCCCGCGCCGGUGAGGAGGCGACGCUCUCGGGCAACGACGUCAAGAAGGACGACAAGUAGGACGUAGAAACGCCCAGGCGUCAUCGCUGUUCAUAAAAGCUUCUUGCCCAUGGCACUAUCGUGCUCAUUAUACUUGAAUGCAUCUGCUGGCUUGCACACA